AUGUCAAGCCGCUAUGCUUUCACCAAGACAGUGAAGGAACUACGAUCCUUCCUUACGCGAGCGUACCCGAUUAUGAAGAAGAACAAUCCUCAUGUGCCGAUCUUGAUCCGUGAAGGGACGGGAGCGCUUCCACGCGUAUAUGCUCGAUAUGAUCUUGGACAAGAACAAACGUGCUCCCUAGAAGGUCUUUCCGACAAGCAAAUCGAAGAAACCGUGACGAGCCUGGUAAAACCCACGAGUCUUUAA